CUUUGCCAGCUUGCCUCUUGAUUGAAUACUCCUUGAGCUCCAUUAUCUUGUUCUUGUCCACAUGUCCACAUGACACAAGCAAAAUCAUAGCUUGGCUUCUUCUCAGUGGGCCCACGCUGUCAGUGACACACGGCGGCUAGUGGGUGUCACGUAGCUUACGUGGCAGCGUAAAGAGAGGUCCUUGAAGCCACCGAGCUAAAAAAAAGACAUUAUUUUCUUCCUCUUCUGUUCCGGCAGGGGCGGCGGCGAUGGCGGCCAGGACGCGCGCGCGGACGCGGUGGUCGGCGCUGGCGGCGAGCGCGCUGAUCCAGUGCUUCGCGGGCGGCAGCUACUGCUUCGGCGUCUACUCGCCGGCGCUCAAGGCGUCGCAGGGCUACGACCAGUCCGCGCUCGACGCCGUCGCCUUCUUCAAGGACGUCGGCGCCAACGUCGGGGUCCUCUCCGGCCUCCUCGCCGCGUGGGCGCCCGUGGGAGGGCGCCGACGCCCCUGGGUCGUCCUCCUCACCGGCGCCGCUCUCUGCGCCGCAGGGUACCUCCCCAUGUGGCUCGCCGUCGCGGGUGUCGUGCCCGCCCCGCUCCCGCUCGUCUGCCUCUACAUGCUGCUCGCCGCGCAGGCGCAGACCUUCAUGAACACGGCCGAUGUCGUCACCGCCGUCGAGAACUUCCCCGACCGCCGCGGCACCGUCAUCGGCAUCAUGAAGGGUUUUCUAGGCUUGAGCGGCGCAAUACUGGUCCAAGUACAGCGCACUCUCCAUAUUGAUCCCGGCAGUUUCAUACUUAUGCUGGCAAUACUACCCACAGCCAUCGCGUUGCUGCUCAUGUACUUUGUCGACGUCCACAGCGCUCAUCAGCGGUACAACAAGAAGUUCCUCGAUGCUUUCUCUCUCAUGGCCGUUACUGUUGCUGGGUUCCUGAUGGUUGUCAUAAUCUGCGACCAAGUUUUCAUGAUAAGUUCAGCUGGGCAGAGUGUUUGCUUCGCGAUACUCUUGCUGCUGAUCAUGUCUCCAGUGGCUAUUGUUGUAAGGGCUCAGAGGUCCGAAUCGAAGCAGCGAGAAGAACCAACGUCGGAAGAACAAACUGGUUUACUUCUUCAUGAGGAAACGGCGCAGCAGGAUUCAGAGAACGCCAGCUCUAGCACACCGCUUGUGGGAUCUAAUAAUCAGGACAUGUCGUCGGACAAAGCAGAGAACCUGAACGUGGUGCAGGCCAUGUGCAAACUCGACUUCUGGCUGCUCUUCCUUGCGAUGGCCUGCGGAAUGGGCUCGGGGUUGGCCACGGUGAACAACAUCAGCCAGAUCGGGGGCUCUCUGGGCUACACGAGCAGGGAGACCAGCACUCUGGUGUCCCUAUGGAGCAUCUGGAACUUCUCAGGGAGGUUCGGCGCAGGCUACGUCUCCGACCACUUCCUCCGGUCGCGAGGACUGGGCAGGCCUUUCUUCAUAGCAGCGACGCUUCUGGUCAUGGGUGUAGGCCAUGCCAUCAUCUCCUCCGGUUUCCACGCGUCACUCUACGUCGGCUCGGUCCUUGUCGGCUUGUGCUACGGGUCUCAGUGGGCUUUGAUGCCGAGCAUAACUUCAGAGAUAUUCGGGCUAAACCAUUUCGGCACCAUCUUCAACACAGUGGCCGUCGCGAGCCCUGUUGGCUCUUACAUCCUCUCGGUGCGCGUGGUUGGGUUCAUUUAUGACAAGGAGUCACCGCAAGGUGAGCUUGCCUGUGCCGGGGCGAAGAUGGCGAAGUAUACGGUGUGUCUUGGACCUGUUGGGGGCGACGAUCAAGAAAUGGAAAAUAUUAUGCUCAGAAGCUCAGGGUGCGCUACUUCUCCGGUGCUUAAGGCUGUUGGACCAUCGAAGAGGGGAAUUGCUUAGAAUCGCCUGGAGGUGAAGAGGGAAUAAAAUGAGGAGGGGAGCUGGAUCCAUAGCUAGGGCUUUUGCUUUUACUGGUUAUGCGUCUAGUUCCUGAACCUGUUCUGGUAAAAACUCCUGCUAUAAUAGGGUAGAUCUACCUAUGCUUGGGUUCUAUAUGUGGCAGCUACUCUCAGGCUGUUGCCGGGCGCUGUUAAA